UUUAGCGACCUUCCAACUGAGCUCGUCCUACUUAUCUUCAAAUAUGCAGCGCAACCAGAUUUUGCUCAACCUGACACUUACACUACCAAAAAUCCAUACUCAUCCGCCCUUUCACUAUCUUGCGUCUCCAAAGCUGUCAGGCGCACUGUGCUGCCCGAACUUCUGCACACAGUAUUAUUGCCAGAAGCUCGUCACGUAGCAGCUUUCAUACAGGCUCUACGUAUACAGAAAAAAUACGUCGAUCGUGAUCUAUCUCUUGAUUACGCAUCUUGCGUGCACAGGGUGUGGAUUGGAGAAUGCCGGGGACCUUUGGGAGACCAAAACGCUCCAUUCAUCAACAACUUUACCCCUCCAUUCAUCAACAACUCUACCCCUCCAUUCAUCAACAACUUUGCCCCUCCAUUCGUCAACAACUUUACCCCUUCUGCGGCUGAGUUUGACUCGGAGUCAGAUGUCAGCCUGCUAGCUCCGGUCAUCCUCGCCGCACCGUCUCUCGCGAUUGAAUUUGUCAGUAUGGACAUUCUUUUAGGUUGCCUCAAAUAUGCGUGUAACUCCGAUGUCGACUUGAAUGUCGACCACAGAAAUUCCCCGCUUCCUUGGAGCACGAAAAGUUUGACGCUAUCGGGUGGUUUCUCUUGUCAAUGGUGGCCUUUCGUGGCGACCACCCAUGGAUCUACUUUCCUCACUUCUAUCCAACACCUCACCUUACUC